AUGCAACGGAAAGGAAUAACUAUGAAUAUUGUUUUGACUUUUGUUGUCGAUUGCACGGGCCACUAAGGCCAUUUUUCUACAAGUUAUAAAGUUGCAAAUGGACUUCCUGGAAUCAACCUUUCCUUUCCACCGCCUCCUGGACCUUCCAGUCGCUCCGGCCCGGAGAUGAGCUAUCUUCCUUCUCUCCCUGUUAACAAAGCCGGGAGAGGUAGGCCUGCACCGAUCCGGGUGGCAUGGAGGGACCACACGCCACAACCCACACUUCCCAUUCCACUCAGUGGGAAAGUGUGCCACGCCUCCGCGCGCGCCCGCCGCUUCCUGCCCAGGCUUCUUUUCCUUCUCUUCUGUCCGGACGCGCUCCCGGGAGGCGCCUGCGCAGAAGCCCGGGCUCUUCCCCUCCGCCCCUCCCCUCCCUUCCUCCCGGCCCCGCCCUCCUUUCUCUCCCGGGUUUCGCUCCGGAGAGCCGCAGGUAGCAAGCUACCGAGUCGGGUUCUGUGGACCCGCCCCCUUCCUCCGCCCCUCCCACCGCUCGGGUCUCCGGCCGGCGGAGAUGAGGCUGCGGCGGCCGCGGCACCAGCAGCCCCUGGGGUGGCUGCGGUGGGGGCGGCCGGAACCCCGGUGUUGAGGCGCGGCGGCGGCGGCCGAGGCGGCGCUGCCUCAGCCGCUGCAGCGGGCUUCCCUUCCUCUUUAGCGUAGCCAGGAAGUUUGGCGCCCCUGUGCAUGUGUGCGCGUGAGUGUGGGUGUGCGCGGCGAGACUCGCCUAGCGUUUCUGCAGGCGCCGGGCUUUUUUGCCCGCGUCGCUUCCCGUAAGCAAGCCAGCGCUGCGGAGCUUGGGCUGUGGCCCGGGGAGGGGGCGCGGCGGCGGGCGCUCUCCUUUUGUUGUUGUUUCCUCUGCCUGGAGAGCUGAAGGGGGACGCGCCUGGGUGGGGCGGCUCGCAGCCCGGGCCUGGUGGCCCCCGGGGCUCCCGGGCGGCGGGGUAGCUAGGGGAGAGCGGGCUUCAACAUGAUGGCGGCCGAGGCGGGCAGUGAGGAAGGCGGCCCGGCGACCGCGGGGACCGGCGGCGCCGCGGCCACGGGCUCCAGCGCCUACACAGCAGCGUGCCGGGUAAAGUUACCCGCGGCCCCUCCGAUGGCAGUCGCCCCGUGUCCUGGGCUGGCGGACACCGACCUGGCUGCGGCCCUCGGUGGGGGAGCCGCGUCGGGGUCCGGGUUCCUGGGGACCGGGCCGGUGUCUGGUGUCCUGGGGGGCGCCGCGCUGACCGGCGGUGCUGCAGCUGGCGUGGCGGGUGCUGCAGCCGCUGGACCUGCCGGAGACAUCGCUCUCAUCAAGGGGACUCUCUCUCUGCCUGCUGAGACUCUCGGGCCGGGCGGCGGAUUCCCUCCUCUGCCGCCUCCUCCUCUGUUGCCUCCUUUGGGCUCCGGUCUGGGGACAGUGGAUGAAGGUGACUCCUUGGAUGGACCAGAAUACGAGGAGGAAGAGGUGGCCAUACCGCUGACCGCACCUCCAACUAACCAGUGGUAUCAUGGAAAACUUGAUAGAACUAUAGCAGAAGAACGCCUCAGGCAGGCAGGGAAAUCUGGAAGCUACCUUAUAAGAGAGAGUGAUCGGAGGCCAGGGUCCUUUGUACUUUCAUUUCUUAGCCAGACAAAUGUUGUCAAUCAUUUUAGGAUUAUUGCUAUGUGUGGUGAUUACUACAUUGGUGGAAGGCGUUUUUCUUCACUCUCAGACCUAAUAGGAUAUUACAGUCACGUUUCUUGUUUACUUAAAGGAGAAAAAUUACUCUACCCAGUUGCACCACCAGAGCCAGUAGAAGAUAGAAGACGUGUACGAGCCAUUCUGCCCUACACAAAAGUACCAGACACUGAUGAAAUAAGUUUCUUAAAGGGAGAUAUGUUCAUUGUUCACAAUGAGUUAGAAGAUGGAUGGAUGUGGGUUACAAACCUAAGAACAGAUGAGCAAGGCCUUAUUGUUGAGGACCUAGUGGAAGAGGUGGGCCGAGAAGAAGAUCCACACGAAGGCAAAAUAUGGUUCCAUGGGAAGAUUUCCAAACAAGAAGCUUAUAAUUUAUUAAUGACAGUUGGCCAAGUCUGCAGCUUUCUUGUGAGGCCCUCAGAUAAUACUCCUGGAGAUUAUUCCCUGUAUUUUCGGACCAAUGAAAAUAUCCAGCGAUUUAAAAUUUGUCCAACACCUAACAAUCAGUUCAUGAUGGGAGGCCGCUAUUAUAACAGUAUUGGGGACAUCAUAGACCACUAUCGGAAAGAACAGAUUGUUGAAGGCUAUUAUCUUAAGGAACCUGUACCAAUGCAGGAUCAAGGACAAGUACUCAAUGACACUGUGGAUGGGAAGGAAAUCUAUAAUACAAUUCGUCGUAAAACAAAGGAUGCAUUUUAUAAAAAUAUUGUUAAAAAAGGUUAUCUUCUGAAGAAGGGCAAAGGAAAACGUUGGAAAAAUUUAUAUUUUAUCUUAGAGGGCAGUGAUGCCCAACUUAUUUAUUUUGAAAGUGAAAAACGAGCUACAAAACCAAAAGGGCUAAUAGAUCUCAGUGUAUGUUCUGUCUACGUUGUCCAUGAUAGUCUCUUCGGCAGGCCAAACUGUUUUCAGAUAGUCGUUCAGCACUUUAGUGAAGAACAUUACAUCUUUUACUUUGCAGGAGAAACUCCAGAACAAGCAGAGGAUUGGAUGAAAGGCCUGCAAGCAUUUUGCAGUUUACGGAAAAGUAGCCCAGGGACAUCUAAUAAACGCCUUCGUCAGGUCAGCAGCCUUGUAUUACAUAUUGAAGAAGCUCAUAAACUACCAGUAAAACACUUCACUAAUCCAUAUUGUAACAUCUACUUGAAUAGUGUCCAAGUAGCAAAAACUCAUGCAAGGGAGGGGCAAAACCCAGUAUGGUCAGAGGAGUUUGUCUUUGAUGAUCUUCCUCCUGACAUCAAUAGAUUUGAAAUCACACUUAGUAAUAAAACAAAGAAAAGUAAAGAUCCAGAUAUCUUAUUUAUGCGUUGCCAGUUGAGCAGGUUACAGAAAGGACAUGCCACAGAUGAAUGGUUUCUGCUAAGUUCUCAUAUACCACUAAAAGGUAUUGAACCAGGAUCUCUGCGUGUUCGAGCACGAUACUCUAUGGAAAAAAUCAUGCCAGAAGAAGAGUACAGUGAAUUUAAAGAGCUUAUACUGCAGAAGGAACUUCACGUAGUCUAUGCUCUAUCACACGUAUGUGGACAAGACCGAACACUACUGGCCAGCAUCCUACUGAAAAUAUUUCUUCAUGAAAAGCUUGAGUCAUUGUUGUUAUGCACACUAAAUGACAGAGAGAUAAGUAUGGAAGAUGAAGCCACUACCCUAUUUCGAGCUACAACACUUGCGAGUACCUUGAUGGAGCAGUACAUGAAAGCCACGGCCACGCAGUUUGUUCAUCAUGCUUUGAAAGACUCCAUUUUAAAGAUAAUGGAAAGCAAGCAAUCAUGUGAGUUAAGUCCAUCAAAGUUAGAAAAAAAUGAAGAUGUGAACACUAAUUUAGCACACCUAUUGAGCAUACUUUCAGAGCUUGUGGAGAAAAUAUUCAUGGCUUCAGAAAUACUUCCACCGACACUGAGAUAUAUUUAUGGGUGUUUACAGAAAUCAGUUCAGCAUAAGUGGCCUACAAAUAACACCAUGAGAACACGAGUUGUUAGUGGUUUUGUUUUUCUUCGGCUUAUCUGCCCAGCUAUCCUGAAUCCACGGAUGUUUAAUAUCAUCUCAGAUUCUCCAUCUCCUAUUGCUGCAAGAACACUGACAUUAGUGGCUAAAUCUGUGCAGAAUUUAGCAAAUCUUGUGGAAUUUGGAGCUAAGAAUGUACCUGAGCUUCCGGACACUACAGAACAUUCUAGAACUGACCUGUCUCGUGACUUAGCAGCAUUGCAUGAGAUUUGUGUAGCUCAUUCAGAUGAACUGAGAACACUCAGUAAUGAGCGUGGUGUACAGCAGCAUGUACUGAAAAAGCUUCUGGCAAUAACAGAACUGCUUCAACAAAAGCAAAACCAGUAUACAAAAACCAAUGAUGUCAGGUAGCAGCCCGGUGUUCUGCAUGGAUUCGGCAUGCCCAACGUGGUAAUUCACAUCACCAUGUCUCCUUUGCUCUUGCCAAAAAGAAAAACAAAAUAAUAAAGAGAGAAAGAAAAAAAAUAGCACACCUUUCCACAUUCCAGUGAUGUGUGAGCUAUGCAAGCAAAAACCCAAGACUGCUGGAGAGUAACUGCCAGCACCUCUGUAAGCUAUCUGUGCAGAAUAUUGUGCACUUUUUCCACAUGGAAUCUUUACCAAACUCUGAGCCUUGGUGUACAGGUCACCCUUAACAACAGCAAAAACGCUGACUGACGUGUCUUAAACUUUGAAAAUAUAUUUUCAGUAUAUUCAAUUGCCAAAGUUUUGCUGUCUCGGAAAAGGAACUAUGAAAUCAACUGACAAGAAAACUCAUCCUAUUGACAACAGAAUUUAACUGGAUCACAGACAGUUCUUACUGCAAUUUCUUCUUUAUAAACAUGACCAUUUGACUGUUCACUGAAUUUAUUUGUAUUUACAGUUUCCAGAGUUUGACAUUAUAAUAGGAACAAUCUUGCUAUAUACUUUUUAAAAAUACCGUGCUCUUCUUUCCGGAAUUGUUGAAAGACAAUAUAUGAAAUGGAUGACUCUAUUGCUCAUCAGCUUUAUUUUUUAAACACACCACUUAUUUUGUUGGAAUUGUCAAAGACUGUACUUAGAUCCCAUGCUUUUGUUAAAAUGUUUACAACAGUAAAUAGUUUAAAUUCAAUAAAUAUUAUUGGUCAUUGUACCAAUUAUUGCAUGUUACCCACUUGACCAUUGUAUAGAUUGCUGAUGUGUCUUUUAUGUUUAAACAAACUGCUAGAAUACUUUUGUCAAUUCUAAGAUGGUUUUUGUUAUCUCUGAUUAUGCAGACAACCUCAUCAGCCACUUAACAACUUACAUAUCUUUCAAUUUGUACUUGUUUUUCCUGCUGGAAAUUUAGUUUGUAUAGUUCAUCUGCUCCUGUGUAUGUAUUUUUGUGUGAAGUAUUCACAAGGGUUAAGUUAAAAUAAACUAAGGGAUAGCUUGCAUAAUU